AUGCGUGGAGCAACGAAACGUAAAGCUGCCGCUCCUGUUAAACAACAAAAUCCCAACACACUCUUACAAGAACAUGUUGUUAAAAAUCUUGGUGCCAACAAUGUUCUCGUUUCUGAAUAUGAUAUUGUUCAGAAACAAAAACCGAUUUCAUUUUGGAUGCGUGAUUUGAACAUUCCUCAAUGGCUUCUAUUACUUUUAGUUUCAUUAACUAUCAUUGUUUUUACAGCCUUUAUUUUAUUCAGUACAGUUGUUACACUUAAAAAAGAAACAAAUGGAGGUGCAUGUAAAUCAAAUUCUGAUUGUCGUCAAGAUUUAGGCUUGCUAUGUAAUAAUUAUCGUUGUGGAUGUGCUUAUUCACAUUUUUGGAGUGAUUCAUAUCGAAUUUGUGAACGACGACGAAUGAUCAAUCGAACAUGUGUUAAUGAUUCUAUGUGUGAUGCACUGGGAAGUUUACAGUGUACAAACGCUACAUUUAGUGGAGGUACUCAACUUCAAUGUCAAUGCAAAUCUGGAAUGAAUUGGAAUGGAUAUGCUUGUGCUUAUCAAGGUCUAUAUAAUGCUUCAUGUGCUUCGAAUGCUAACUGCGAUAGUACACGUUAUUUAUAUUGUAAUUCUACAGUUGGAAGUUAUUGUCGUUGUAAUUCAUCAAUGUUUUGGAACGGAAAUUUAUAUUCGGGUACAUGUGAAUAUAAACGAACAGUAAAUCAAUAUUGUUAUCCAUAUCAAGAUGCUUGGUGUGAUGAUACAGGUCCUGUUGGUCAAGGUCUCAUUUGUGCUAGUUAUGCAAAUCCUUAUGGAAGUGAAUAUGGUGUUUGUCAAUGUUCAACAUAUAAAUAUUAUAAUGGUACUCCUUCAUUAGCAAAUGGUUUUUGUGUUCCGCGUCGUGUAUAUAAUGAAUCUUGUACAUCAACAUCUCAAUGUGAUUAUCGAAUUAAUUUGACAUGUUCAAAUAAUCUUUGUGUAUGUCCAUCAGGCGCAAAUUAUGAUUCUACAAUUAAUAGUAGUGGUGUUAUGGGUUAUUGUAAAACUGCAUCAGGUUAUUUAGAAAAUUGUACAGCUAUUCUUACAUGUAGCACAUCACAAAAUCUUUUUUGUGAUCUAUCAUAUUAUGGUGGAGCAAAUACAUCUGGUAUAUGUCUAUGUAAUAGCUCCUGGUCAUAUUGGGAUGGUACAACAUGUGCAAGUAAAUUAUCGAUUGGUGGUGAAUGUUCAAAUGAUACACAUUGUAUUGCAUCAGAUGGUCUUUUUUGUAGUAAUUAUACACAAUCAAUAGGUACAUGUGAUUGUGAUAAAGAUCAUUUUUGGAAUUAUACAUGUAUACUUAAACAAUGGUAUAAUACAACAUGUUCAUCAUCAUAUGUUUGUGACGAUAAUCGUGGUUUACAAUGUCAAGGUCUUGGUGGUAGUCUAUUUCAAAAAUGUGAUUGUUAUAAUACAAGUUAUAUAUGGGAUUCAUUAUAUGUUACGAAUCGAUCAUAUACAUGUAUACUUAAAUUAUCAAAUGGUCAAUCAACAUGUUAUGGUGAUCUUGAAUGUCAAGAUUUUAAUUAUUUAAAAUGUAAUAAUGGUACAUGUGAAUGUGUUUAUACAGAUUAUUGGGACGGUAGUCGUUGUCAACCUAAAAGAAAUUAUACAGAUCCAUGUUCUAAUACUACAGAAUGUCGAGAUUUUAGUCCAGUUAAUUUAAUUUGUAUAAAUGGUACAACAGUACCACCAGCAUUACAAUGUCUUUGUAAUGCGACUUCAUUUUGGGACGAUUGUUUACAACGAUGUAUUGUUUCAAAAAACCGUCAUGAAUCUUGCACAUUGGUAUCAAAUUGUUCAAGUAAUGAAUGUGAUAAAACAGCUAAUUUACAAUGUAUGAAUGAUAGUGUUACAAAUAUCACUGGAUCUGGAUGGUGUAAUUGUACUAGUUUACAAUGGUGGAAUGGAACAUAUUGUCGAGAUAAAGGCACACCAGCUUGGGGUAGUAAUACAAGUGCUAUAUGUAAUGCAACAUAUCAAUGUGCUGAUUACAAUUUAGUUUCCUGUCCACUUGGUGGUAGUUAUCCUAGUAUAAUUUCUACUUGUGAGUGUGCAACAACUAAAUAUUGGAAUGGUGUCACAUGUCUAGAUCGAGUUACGUUCAAUGAUUCUUGUACAUCAUGGCCUAACUAUCCAGUAAAUACAACCACCUGUUUAAAUGCAGCUGGUGCAGGUCUACUUUGUAGUAGUAGUACUGGUUGUACUGCAACAACUUGUACAGGUGGCACUUGCUAUUGCCCUUCUGGCACGACUUGGAAUUCAUCCUUUUCUAUAUGCGCUUCGACAUCCACUGGCUAA